UGUUCAAAUAAAAAAUUAAUCCGUUUUCUAAUAAAUAUCUAUAGAUCAUGGAUUUAUAAUUGUUACUUUUCGUUUAUCACUUAUCCAACUUUCUUGUCGAUUUAUUGAAUUUGCUAUAGAUAAUAAAUAUCGUUGCAGUACAUACAUACAUCCGUUGGUUUCUUAAAUUAUUCUGAACAAUUAUAUACCAGGCAAUAAAUGAAAAAGAAAAUAAAAAUAAAGAUUAUGUACCAAUUAUCAGCGUUGUCUAUAAUCUUUUAUUUUUUGUCUUGAUAUACUUGAUGCACUUUCAGAAAUUUCGGUACCAUUUUAAAAUAUAUACACUUUAAAUCACCCAAACUUUUAAUACGCACGUAUCACCAUAUCUUUUUAUUUAUCACGAGGCGUAUCGUUAUAUCGCAUACUUGAAAAUUGUAUGUACUUCUUGCUACAAGAGAGAUUAUCAGAUAAAUUGUUUAAUGAUAAUACUAUGUUCAUUCUGUAAAAGAAGAUAACUUUUAUAAUAUACUGUCCGGUAUUUGAUUCCACGAUUAUGUAUAGUGCGAUAAUUUAAUUACUCGUGAUCAAAUUCAUUCGAAAAUGAAAUGUCGGUAGGAAUGCAAUCGUUGUUAAUAUAUAGUACGCUUGUUUCAUUUUAUUUAUGUAAUGGAAGCUAUGCGGGAGAUACGAGCGAAUUUGUUGGUAGUGUGCGAAACUUGAGUGUGACAGUUUUACAAGAUCCGAAAUAUGUAGGAAAGCAAAAUGCAUAUAAAUAUUUAAGAUUGAAUAUAUCUUGGUUACCACCAGACAGCGCUAGGCAGCCUUCCUCUUACAGUGUUAUAGUCACAGGCAUACCAAUAAGGGAGAGAACAAGUAUCACAGAAUGUCCACAAGGAUCACUUUUCUUUAUAUUGAAAGACAGUACCAAACAUAAUGUAGUGCUCCCUGAAUACAACGAUUUAUUUGAUAUUGCAGAUCUGUAUAUACAACUCAAUUGUUCUUACAAGGUGCAAGUCCUGGCAAAUCCAAGGUCAAAAUAUAUAGUAAAUACACCUGAAGUUCUGUAUACAGUUCCUGAAUGUAUAGAUCAUUUAUGCAGUUGUGUUAAUGCCAAAAAAACACUGCCGAUUCCAAAAGUAAACAUUUCUCAAAAAGAAAAUGAAAUUGUCGUAACUUGGAGCGCAACUUCUAACACAUCCAAUAUUCAGUAUUAUACAAUUAGCAUUGGUGUACCAAUCUUUAUAUCAAAGAAAGGACUGCCAGUUUAUAAUAUGACAAAACUAGUACAAGUACCUGUAGAUAAAACUGUAUUUUCAUGGGAUUUAAAAGUCAAUAAUCAGUAUAUAGAAAUUAAAGAUGGUUAUAAAAUAGCAGUUAAUGCUGUUAAUCGUCAUGGAUGCUCUGGACUAGAGGGAGAUAUUAUUAUACAUUUCAUAUCAUCAGCUAAUCGCAAUAUAUGGUUUAUACUAAUUGGAAUACUAACCAUUUGUAUUCUAUUUGGAAUUGUAAGUUUCUUAUUGUAUCGUAACUAUAAUUUCUUUAUGAUACAUAACAGCAAUAAGUCUGGAAUAUGCACAAUUUCUGAAUGUAAAUGUAAAUGGACAAAAGCAAUACUACAGAAGUUCAACAUUUUGUAUAUUAAAUACGAAUCAGAGGAAGAAUAUAUGGAAGGGACAGAUAAUUUGAAAGUGGCAUUCAAAAAUGUAAAAUUAAUACGUGAGCUGGGUACUGGACAGUUUGGAAAAGUAUAUCUUGGUCAGUUAGAUGAUAAAAACAAUACUUCAGUUGCUGUAAAAAUGUCUCAACAAAUAGAUAUAUCCAAUAAUUCUGAAACCCAGCAGGAAUUUAUAAAAGAAAUUGAAAUAAUGAGAAUGGCUGGAAAUCAUCCUCAUUUAGUAAGCCUCAUAGGUUACUGUAUUAAACCUACACAACCAACAUGUAUCCUGCUUGAAUAUAUGCAAGGUGGAGAUCUAUUAACUUACUUGCAUGAUCAAAGAAAGCAACAAAAGAAGAAAUUGAUGUUUCAGAAAGUAAGUAGUUUAUUGGCUUAUUGUAGCUUCGAGAGCUUAAAAUGCUUGAUAUAAUCUUAAUUUUCAGCUUUGUAUUCUAUGUGUUCUACGAUACGGAACACAAUGAAUAGUUACAAAUCUGGGCAAUAUAUGAAUAUUAUCAACAAUUGUAAAGAAGAAACAGAAUAUAGAAAAGAAAAUUGGAUUGGUAGAAUAAAAGGACGUCAAUUUCUAAAAUUUGCCACAGAAAUUGCUAUGGGCAUGGAGCACUUGGAAGCUAAAGGAAUUACUCAUAGAGAUCUUGCAGCAAGAAAUAUUCUUCUUAGCGCAGAUUUCACUGCCAAGAUUUCCGACUUUGGGCUUUCUCGCAAUAGUGCAUACGUGAUAAAAAAUACUGAGAAAAAAAUACGUCAUCUUCCAAUUAGAUGGAUGUCUCCAGAAGCUUUGCAUAACUUAGCCUUCUCUUCAAAAAGUGAUGUAUGGUCUUAUGGAGUGGUACUUUGGGAAAUUAGUACAUUAGGUGCGUUUCCUUAUGCAAAUGUACAAGAUGAUCGCCUAUUUCGUUAUAUUGUUCACGAGAACGGUCGUUUAGAGCAACCAGACAAUGUUUCUUCGAACAUUUACAAAUUAAUGCAUUCUUGUUGGGCUACAGAGUGUGAGAACAGACCAAAUUUUACGCAGUUGCUCUCCGAACUACGAAUUCUAACCUCACAUUCCAACAAUUCUUUCUGGACAAUGUCUAAUCCCUGUUACGCAUUACCAUUCUCAGACAAUAUUGCAUAACAUAAUUUGUUUUUUAAAUAUUCAAAAGAACAAAUAUUCCGAAAAAUGAAAAAUAUUAUUUAUGUAAAAAGAAGAAAUUAAUGUU